UCGAAAUCGUAAACCUCUAUACAUCCAUUUGUCUGUCUCUCUGCUCGUCCAUCCAAGUCUCUCUCCGACGACAUCAAUUCAUCUCCCAUAAUCAAACCCACAACAUCACAACCUCACCCAUCACCCCUCUUCAUCCCAGAAACCAUGACAACACCACCAACCCCCCCACAGACCACCGUCCUAAUAGUCGGCGCCGGCUUCGCCGGCAUCGCCCUGGCCCUCGAAUGCCUCCGCAAAGGGCACUCCAUCACCAUCGUCGACAAGUCCCCCUCCGUGGACGAGAUAACCCGCUACGGCGACAUCAUCUCGUUCGACCCGAACGGCGCGCGGCACUUCGCGCGGUGGCCGGGGGUCCUCGCCGCCAUGCAGGCUGUCGCGCGGCAAACCUCCUGGCUGGACUUGUACCACUGGCGCGGCGAGUUCGUGACGCGGCAGUCGUUUGCGGGGGAGAAGGGGUGGGGGCCGCGGGUGAAUGGGCAUCGUGGCGAGUUGCAUGGGAUUAUGUAUGAUGCGCUUGUAAGCCAGGGGGUGCAGGUGAGGUUUGGGGUGAGGGUUGUGGAUUAUUUUGAGAGUGAUGGGGGGGCUGGGGUGGUAACGGGGGAGGGGGAGAGGAUUGAGGCGGAUGUGGUGGUGGCGGCGGAGGGGGUGAGGAGUCGAGGGCGGAAGAUUGUGCUGGGGUUUGAGGAUAAGCCGAAGAGUUCUGGGUAUGCGGUUUACAGGGCGUGGUUUAAGGGGGAGGCGAUUAGGGGGAAUGAGGUGUUGAGGCAUCUGGUGGAGAGCGGGGAUACGCAUUCUGGGUGGAUUGGACCGGAUUUGCAUUUUCUGGCGUCGUCGUUGAAGGACGGGAGGGAGUUUAAUUGGGUGUUUACGCAUGUGGACGAUGGGAAUAUCGAGGAGAGUUGGCAGUUUCCGGGGAAGAUCGAGGACUGCUUGAAGUAUGUGGAGGGGUGGGCGCCGGUUGUGCAGGAGAUUGUGAGGGCGACGCCGAAGGACGCGAGAUUGAUUGAUCAUAAGUUGGUGUUUAGAGAUCCGCUGCCGACGUUCAUCUCGCCCAAGGCGAGGAUCGCGUUGAUUGGGGACGCGGCGCAUCCGUUCUUGCCGACUUCGAUUCAAGGAGCGAGCCAGUCUAUCGAGGAUGGUGUUGUGCUCGCGGCGUGUCUGGAGAAAGCUGGGAAGGAUAAGGCGGCGCUUGGGGUGAGGGCGUUCGAGAAGAUCAGGUACGAGAGGGUCCACAAGGCGCAGGCUACGGGCGUCAAGACGAGAGAGAAGUGGCAUAAGGCGAAUUGGGACGAGAUCCGCAAGACGCCCGAGGCUAUUCACUUGACGAGGGAGGCGUGGCUGCUCAAUUUCGACGCAGAGGCGGAUGCGUAUGAGAGGUUUGAUGAAGUCGUCGCGAGCUUGCAGGCUGAGCGAGCUCGAUUGUGAAGUGUAGCGAGAGCGUGCAGAUUCAUAUCGCUGUUCAUUUCGACUUGGUUAGAUAGAUGCAUGGAGUGGUAGAUUGCUAGAACAUGAUAUUCAUAAGUAACGAUGUGUCGUUAGCAUCACUUGCAUAGGCGAAGUUUCGGGACAGAAUAUGGAUGAAAGAGUUGUAUUCCAAUUGGUAUGCUCAAGGCGACGAUGAUAUGUAUCUGCAUCUGUAGAAACAACAAACGAAGCGUGGAAGCUCGACAACUACUAGUACUGUACAUCUUAGGCCGACAGAAUAAAUAAAACCACACAAGGGACACCUCGCUCAUAUAUCUGGUAUCUGAAUCAAAUCCGCCAUCCCAAGCGAAACGAUGGUCUCCAAUCCGAUAGUAAAUCAAGACGUAUCUUGACAGUGACAAAGAAAAAUUGCACAAAGAAGGAGAAGUUAUUCGACAG